GUUGUUGGUAGUCUCUGUCUCUAUAAAUGUAUACGUUAUGCCUGUGUAUUUUCUCACUGGACUCACCAUUAAUUCUCUCUUUUUAAACACAGAAUAAGCAAAAUGUCUCUCUUUCUUUGCUUCUUCUUCUUUUUGAUCAUAUCAUCUGCGAGUGCUUGUGAUAGAUGUGUACAUGAAACCAAGGUUGCUUACUUCUCCAAAGAUUCUGCAGUCUCAUCUGGGGCUUGUGGUUAUGGUUCAUUGGCCUUAGGCAUUAGUGGUGGGCACCUUGCAGCUGCUGUUCCCAGCCUUUACAAAGAUGGAGCUGGUUGCGGUGCAUGUUUUCAGAUAAGAUGCAAAAACACAACCCUUUGUGCCAAAAAAGGGGUUGGAGUAAUGGUAACUGAUCUCAACAACAACAACCAGACUGAUUUUGUUCUGAGCAGCAGGGCUUUCAAGGCCAUGGCCAAUAAUGGUAUGAGCCAAGACAUUUUGAAACUUGGGAUUGUCCACGUGGAAUAUAAAAGAGUACCAUGUACCUACAAAAAUCAAAAUUUAGCUGUUCGAGUGGAAGAAUCAAGCCAAAAACCACAUUAUCUCGCAAUUAAGUUCCUGUUCCAAGGUGGCCAAACAGAAAUUGUAGCAGUUGAUGUUGCCCAGGUUGGUUCACCAAAUUGGGGAUUCAUGAGCCGGAAUUAUGGGGCUGUGUGGGACACAAGUAGGGUUCCGACUGGGCCGUUGCAGUUUAGAUUGGUUGUGACAUCUGGAUACGACGGCAAGCGGGUGUGGGCACAAAAUGUGCUUCCUGCUGAUUGGAAGACAGGGACGGUCUAUGAUUCUGGAGUUCAGAUCAAUGAUAUUGCACAGGAAGGCUGUUCUCCGUGUGAUGAUGGGAAUUGGAAAUGAUAGAUUUUCCCAACUAAUUAUGUGAAUAUAGUUUUAAUUUUUUAUUUGGUUUCUUAUAUAUACACUGUAUCAAGUGACAGGAGAUUAGGGAAAUGAGAAUAUAUCCAAUUGGGUAGUAGUAAGUUUAAACUUGAACUCUGUUAUGGGACGAAACUUUUAAUAACACCGUAGCGUGAAAUGUUGUUAAUUUCUUGAUAUAUUUUAUUUUUCCAUUGUUAA